GCCAAAAGGUGCUUAUUAUUAUUGUGAUCUGUGACAACCACCAGCGGCGCUGGAGUGGGUCCGUCCUGCCAAAGGGAUCACUGCAAACAGCAGCCUGGUGCGCGGCGCUCUCCCCUCGCCGGGGACAUGGACUCCGACGCUAGCCUGGUAUCCAGCAGACCUUCCUCUCCGGAGCCCGAUGACCUCUUCCUCUCUGCCAGGAAUAAAGGCAGCAGCGGGGGCUUCUCGGGAGGCACAGUGUCCAGCUCCACCCAGAGCGACUCCCCUCCGGAGCUGAGCGCCGAGCUGCGCAGCGCCAUGAGCGCGGCCGGGGUUGUGGUGGUGGACAAGCUGGGCUUCAAGUCUUCCUCGUCCUCCUCCUCGUCCUCCUCCUCCUCCUCUUCCAAGAAGGACAAGAAGCAGAUGACGGAGCCCGAGCUGCAGCAGCUGCGGCUGAAGAUCAACAGCCGGGAGCGCAAGCGGAUGCACGAUCUGAACAUCGCUAUGGACGGGCUGCGGGAGGUGAUGCCCUACGCUCACGGGCCCUCGGUGCGCAAGCUCUCCAAGAUCGCCACGCUGCUGCUGGCGCGCAACUACAUCCUCAUGCUCACCAACUCGCUGGAGGAGAUGAAGCGCCUGGUCAGCGAGAUCUACGGCGGCCAUCACGCCGGCUUCCACCCCUCCGCCUGCCCGGGGGGCAUGGCCGCCCACUCCGCCCCUCUGCCGGGGCACCCCGGGCAUCCCGCCUCCCACCCCGUGCACCACCCUAUCCUGCCCCCCGCUGCCGUUUCCAGCGCCUCCUUGCCCGGAUCCGGCCUCUCCGCAGUCAGCACCAUCCGACCCCCGCAUGGGCUCCUCAAGUCGCCUUCGGCCGCCGCCGCCUCGGCCCCACUGGGCAGCAGCUUCCAGCACUGGGGGGGAAUGCCCUGCCCGUGCAGUAUGUGCCAGGUGCCCGCACCGCCUCACCACCAGGUCUCCAGCAUGAGCACAGCCAGCCUGCCCAGAUUAACCACCGACACCAAAUGAACCCCCGGGGGACCCGCCUCCAGUGGGGCAGGGGAGGGGGACAGCAUCUGCCGAAACAAGGUGGGGAGCGGGGAGAGAGACUCCAGCUUCUAGCCCCGAGGAAACGCGGGCACAUUUCUGAGACACAGACUCUAUGGGGUCCUCCCUCAAAAGCACAGGCACAUAUAAGGACUUACAAGGACAUACCGGUCUCAUCCACGUUUUUCAAAUACACCCUCCCCACCCCUCACUACAGGUUUGUCCCAAGGCCACCCGAGGCACUUUCAGGCAUGUUCCAGACUGAGGACACUCAAUCACUGAAGCCCAUCAGCGAGAAAGGUGAACAAAAAACAAUUCCUCUUCCUGCAAACGAC